AGCCGCAGUGACAGGCGCGCCGGGCCCGGUGGCGGAGAGAGGAAGUCGGGGCCGCCGCGCCGAGGCCGGUCCCGCGGCGGCUCGGGUGACAGCGCCAGGCACGGUUGCAGCAGGCACCGGGGAAGAUGGCUGAGGACUUUGGCUUCUUCCCGCCGUCCGAGAGCGGGGCGGCCGAGGAGGACCCGGCGGCCGCCUUCCUGGCUCAGCAGGAGAGCGAGAUCGCGGGCAUCGAGAACGACGAAGGCUUCGCCGCACCUGCCGCCGGCCAGGUGGCCGCGGCGCCGCCGGGACCCGCGAGCGGGGCUGGUCCUGAGGACAUGGGGACCACGGUCAAUGGGGACCUGUUUCAGGAGGCUAAUGGGCCUGCCGACGGCUACGCUGCCAUCGCCCAGGCUGACAGGCUGACUCAGGAGCCCGAGAGCAUCCGCAGAUGGAGGGAGGAGCAGAAGAAACGGCUGCAAGAGCUGGAUGCCGCCUCUAAGGUGACUGAACAAGAGUGGCGGGAGAAGGCCAAGAAGGACCUGGAGGAGUGGAACCAGCGCCAAAGUGAACAGGUUGAGAAGAACAAGAUCAACAACCGGGCGUCUGAGGAGGCCUUCGUGAAGGAAUCCAAGGAGGAGACUCCAGGCACGGAGUGGGAGAAGGUGGCUCAGCUGUGUGACUUCAACCCCAAGAGCAGCAAGCAGUGCAAAGACGUGUCCCGCCUGCGCUCGGUGCUCAUGUCCUUGAAGCAGACGCCACUGUCCCGCUAGGCGCCUGCCAUAAGUAGAGCCAAGCAGGCCUGGGCUGGGCGCGGGCAGAGGCGCAGCGGUGGCUCUGGCCAGGGAGGGGCUGUCCUCCAGCUGCUGCACAGCCUGGCCCGCUCCUCCCCCUCUGCGGGGGCUGGGAGGAGGGCCCCUCACCCCCCAGCCCCUCUCCUUCCCGGCCCCCCGGCCCAGCCCCUCACACCUCCUCAGUCUGCUCUGUUGUGACUGUCCCUCCUGAUGUAUUUUUUUUCUUGGCUUAAAGGGUGUGUUGUUAA